GGCAAGUAUAGUAGUGUUGGUAGUCGUACAAAACCAUCUAUUAUUUACAGGCAUGGUGCCAGAAGAAGUGCGAUAAAAACUAGAAGAAAACUGUAUAAUUUAGCGAAAUUAAAAAGCAAAAAGUUGCUUGGUUGAAGUAUUAAGCCUUGUGGAUUCAAAGUAAACUGCGGACUAGCCAAGUACAUUCCAGUUAAGACCAAAAAUUCCUUAAAAUGCAAGUUGCAGAUCAGGAGAACCAGGCUCCGCAGCAGCAGACGACUGCUGUGCAUGCCUACAAUCCAGAGGUCCUUCAGGAUAUGUUGCCCGUGUACUACAGGCGUCUCUUUCCCCACCUGCCCUUCUACCGUUGGCUUUCCUAUGGAUCAUCUGAGGACGCCAUCUUUUCCAAUCGCGAGAUUUCCUUUACGCUGCCGGACGAUAUCUACAUACGUUAUCUGUGCUUUGAUACCCAGGCUGAAUUGGAAAAGGAGAUCUGCUCGAGGAAUCCAAUUAAGAUUGACAUAGGUCCAGUGAUGCAUACCAAACCCAAAAAUCAUCGUUCGAUUCCUGGCGGCUUAACGCCCGUACAACGUGAGCUGGUUUUUGAUAUCGAUAUGACGGACUACGACGAUGUGCGUACCUGUUGCUCUGGAGCAGAGGUAUGCCUUAAAUGCUGGAAGUUUAUGGUGCUGGCUGCCAGGGUUUUGGAUGUCGCUCUGCGGGAGGAUUUCGGUUUUGAGCACAUUAUCUGGAUUUUCUCCGGUAGACGAGGUAUCCAUUGCUGGGUGUGCGACCACCAAGCCCGUCACUUGGACGCACGUGGUCGCUAUGCUGUGGCGGAAUACCUUAACAUUAUUACCUAUGCCAAUUUCUCGGGCACCAAUUCACCCAGAUGUGCAAUGGGAGAGCGACCGCAUCAUAGCCUGAAGAGAGCCUUAAAGAUAGUAGAGCCCAUGUUUGAGGAGGUAAUACUAGAGGAUCAGAAUCUUUUUGGGACUCCCAAGGGAGUUACCAAACUACUUAACAUGGUCCACGAUGACGCUGCACGUGGCGAACUAGAAUCUUAUCUGCAAAAGAAUUUGGAGGAUGGAGCCCACUCGCGACUCAUCUGGGAGAGCUUCAAUAAGUACGCCAGCUCUAUGAGAACGUCCACAGCAAAUGCCUGGAGUCGUAAGCUGAAGAACAUUGUAAGCGAGGUCCAGCUUGGACUGCUCUAUCCUCGUUUAGACAUCAACGUCACUAGGGGAUUUAACCAUUUGCUGAAGGCCCCGUUUUGCAUUCAUCCAGCCACUGGAAAAGUGUGCGUUCCAUUUAGUGUAAGUGCUGUAGCCAAGUUUGAUCCUACCACAGUGCCCACGAUCACCCAGUUGCUGCACGAGAUCAACGCUUUUGAUGAUAAGAGCAAGAGCUACAUGGAGGCGCCGGAGGAUAAGAGCCGCAUCAAGGAUCAUAAGAAGACUAGCAUGUUCAAGGGUGUGGUGGUUUUCGAGGAGUUCCUGCGAAAACUGGAGCGCAACCAGAAAUCUGCUAGCUUGCAGUUUUGAUUAUAAUUUUUGAAAAUCUAAGAUAAGAAAAUAAAAGGUUAAUGAAUAUUUCAG